GCAUCUCAACUGCUUUUGUGUACAACCACUUACCGCUGUCAAACCGUUUUGUGUGUUGUCCUCCGUGUCUCGUCUUGUGUUUGUGACUCAUUCUGAAUUUCAUGUGCAAUUUUUUAUAAUCUUUCACUUUGUGAAAGCAUUUCCUGCACCAGAUGUUUUAUUAACGUGUAAAAACCCCUCGUCCCAAUAGUCGGAGCCAUCCCAAUUCAAUUGAAAAGUUUUUGUGUCGAAGAUUUUUUCGUUGCCACUCCCAAGUGCGGUGCAUUCACAAAACGACGAAAACAACAUUUUAUCUAGUUGGAUUGGCGAACUUAUGAGAUAAAGGGGCAAUAAUCGGCGAACACAAUGUGGAAGGCAACAGCAGGGCAUCAAAUCAACACGAACGGAAGCAACAAUGGCCAGGAGGAUGAUGACUGGGAGACGGACCCGGAUUUUGUGAAUGAUGUGAGCGAGCAAGAGCAGCGAUGGGGCUCGAAAACAAUUGAAGGCAGCGGCCGGACAGCGGGCGCGAUAAACAUGCAACAAUUACGCGAAGAAACUGAAAAAGCUGAUACGGAAAAAAAGAAAAAAGAGCUGGAGGAACUGAAUCCUGGCUAUGGAUAUGGUGGAAAAUACGGAGUUCAAACGGAUCGAAUGGACAAGUCCGCUGUGGGUCACGACUAUAUUGGAAAAGUUGAGAAGCAUGCGUCACAAAAAGACUACAGCGAAGGAUUUGGUGGUAAAUUUGGGGUACAAAAGGAUAGAGUUGAUAAAUCGGCAGUAAGCUGGGAUUAUAAGGAGAAAGUAGAAAAACAUAGCUCACAAAAAGAUUAUGCAACUGGAUUUGGUGGUAAAUUUGGAGUUCAAAGUGAUCGUGUUGAUAAAUCGGCUCUCGGCUGGGAUUAUGUUGAGAAAGUGGAGAAACAUGAAUCACAAACAGAUUAUGCAAAAGGAUUUGGAGGAAAGUUUGGUGUGCAAGAAGACCGUAAAGAUAAGUCAGCCCUUGGAUGGGAUUACGUGGAAGCAACGGAAAAACAUGAGAGUCAAGUUGACCAUAAAGUGGGUUUCGGCGGAAAGUUUGGUGUUCAAAGCGAUCGUAUGGACAAGUCGGCCGUUGGGUUUGAAGAUGGCAAAGAACGUAUCGGAACGAACUACACAAAGGUGAAACCAGAUAUAGGUUCUGCAAAGCCAUCAAAUCUCCGUGCUAAAUUCGAAAAUCUGGCUCAAUUAUCCGAAGAAGAGGCUCGGAAUCGAGCAGCAGAACAAAAGCGAAUACGUGAAGAAAAAGACAAAAAAGAUAGAGAGGAAGCGGCCAAACGACAAGUUGUUGGUUCCGAUGAACCUGAAGCGAAACCUACACAACGAAAAACUGCUAUUGACACAGGAAGACAAGGUGGAAUUGGUAAUGCAAUUUCUGCAUUUAAUCAAAUUCAAUCCCCUACAAGCGAACAGCCUCCCCUACGCAAGGAACCUAUCAAGUUGCCAAAAGAACCAACCCCACCACCUGCAGUAGUCCAACCGGUGCAACCGGAUGUGAUUCCUGUGAAGGAGCCAACUCCGGAAUCAGAAGUUCUUCCAGCAGUUGCGGCGACUGUCAAAGCCCCAGAACUUGAAGUGGAAGUAACUGCGCCCCCUACGACACAGCAUAUUCCUGACAUUCAGGCAGCAGCAGCUACUAUUGUCGAACCGCCAAGCCAAUUUAGCCAAGAACCACAACAGCAGCCCGAGGCUGAUCUAGUUACUGUGAAUCCUGAGGAUUUGGCAGACUAUAUAGAAGACACCGGUGUUCGAGCAAUUGCUCUAUACGACUAUCAAGCUGCAGCCGAUGAUGAAAUAUCAUUCGAUCCAGAUGACUUAAUUACACACAUUGAAAUGAUUGACGAAGGGUGGUGGCGAGGUUUAUGCAAAAAUCGAUACGGCCUAUUUCCAGCCAAUUAUGUUCAACUACAAGAGCAACAGAACCCCUAAAACUAAGAUAGAAUUGCAUUUCAAAAUAAUUUGCUGAUUGUUUACAUCUUUUUACAUUGAUGACAAGAGUGUUUGGGAGAAAUUAGAAAGUAUUUGCUGCGAACGUUGAAGCGAACCUAUCAAAUGUACUUCAUUUAUUUGAUGAAUUAGUUAUUUUCCUCGUUAUUUUAUCAAAAUAUGUAAUAAUGUGUUUGUGAAGUUUAUAUAUGUACAUCUUCCGUCUGUUGAUUGGUAAUCAUUUUUUUUAUGAUAAACGAAUUAAGACUAUUAGAAAUGAUUGAAUGUUAUAAUCAUUGCCACGGUCAAAUAAAAGUAUAACGAAAUUUUCUCGACAAGUUA